AUGAACAUUUAUGGAUACAUUCAUUUGUAUGACGCAUUACGACUGUACGCCAUUGCCAUUCGUACAUCGAUGAACAUCACCGGCAACUUCACAAUUUACGAAGAUGGGCGUUUCGUGUGGAAUCAAAUGCGACGUCUCACUUUUCCUGGUCUUGUAUCAGCAGAAGGAGUGAGUUCGGGAACGGUGAUGAUGGACGACCUGGCAGAACGGGCACCGGUAUAUGCAGUUUUCUACGUGCCGCCUAACAGCGAUACAGUGAGGAAAGUCAACAAGAUCGAGCCGAAGUUGAUCGAGAAAUGUGACGGUUUGAAAACAAAAACGGGAUGUGUCGAUUUGCAAAUCACGGAAGUGGUAACCGGGUUUUGGCCAUCUCCUGAUGGUACACUGCCUCAGGAUGAGCCUUCAUGUGGAUUUCGCAAUGAACGCUGCGACUACACAAUGUUAAUCAUCGCUGGCUUAAUGUUCCUCCUAUUGCUGCUCACCAUCGCAGGGGUAUUCAUCACUGUAAGAAUAUGCGAGAAUCGCACCUUAGCGAAAAUGCAAUGGAGAAUUUAUCGCGACGAUUUCAGAGUGGUUAACGAAGAUGAAGUUCGUUCUAUGAUAAAGCAAUCCAUCCAUGACAAUAUCAAUCCGUUCCUGGGUAUGUCGUUCAAUGAAAAGGAUGAAAUGGUGUUGCUCUGGAAAUUCUGUUCACGUGGUACUGUACAGGACAUUAUCUAUAAUUCCGACCUGGUGUUGGAUGCAAAGUUUCAUGGUGCCUUCAUAAGAGAUAUCACUUUGGGUUUGGAGUAUCUUCAUACCAGUCCAAUCGGAUAUCAUGGGUCACUCACUCCAUGGGCAUGUCUUAUUGAUCGGAACUGGAUGAUCAAACUUACAGACUUUGGAAUUGCUAGUUGCCUGGAACGAUGGGAGAAGCAAGGUUUAAUUUCGACUGAAUUGCUCAAAGAUAACGAUGAAGAGGGGAAAAGCGGCUCGCUACAAAAAACAAGUGUUCUUUACCAGUCACCUGAAUUGUUGAAGAAUCGGGCACUGAAUCGAUUGCGAACCGUUGAUCAGACAUGGAUAAAGCAAACGCAGUUUUGUCGACAGAUGGGCGACAUCUACUCAUUCGGCAUGGUGAUGUACGAGAUAUUAUUUCGUUCACUACCGUUUCCCAACUCCACUAAUAUUGAUGAAUUGGUCGAACACGUCAGUAGUGGUGAAAAGGUCUGUCGUCCGUCUAUACAGGAUCGAUCGGAAAUUCAUCCGGAUUUGACCGCAUUGUUGUUGGAUUGCUGGAAUGAGAAUCCCGAAGUGCGUCCGUCGAUUCGACGAGUUCGACUCAAUACUGAAAGUUAUCUGAGAGUAAAAGGCUCGCUUGUCGACCAGAUGAUGCGGAUGAUGGAACAGUAUGCUAACAAUCUCGAGAAACUCGUCCAAGAACGGACUGGUAUGCUGGAAGACGCAAACGCAAGAGCCGAUAAGUUGCUUAGUCAACUUCUGCCGAAGUAA